UAGAGGUAACUUUCCUCACACCGUCACGGCCGCUUGUCUCCAAGUUGUCUUGGGACUCGUCGACGAUGCACAGAUACAUAUAACAUAUAUAUAUUCUUCGCGUAGCCGAACGAGAAAAUUCCAGAGAAAUAUCGAUUGCCAAAAAACUGAAUCUUGUUGUUGUAAAAAGCAGCUAAAACUUGUUUCUCAAUUCUCUCGUCUGCCCCUUUUUAAUAAUUUGCCGAUAUAAAUACACAUCCUCUCGUCUGCUUUAGCCAAUUCGAUCCAAAAGCGUUCGUCUUUUCUCAGCGUUUUCCGGUGUUCAUAUUCGAGGCUGAGUUGUGUCUUCUUGGAAGCAUAGAAAACCUCUAUGGGAGAAGCACCAGCUUUCUUUGUGGAUCAUCUGGAGAAUGGACACACCAAUGGGUUUGGUGUAAAAUCCGAACCUAAAAACAGAGAUACAUCAGUCCAAAUUGGGGAUCGAUCCUAUGUGAUUGGUGGAAGUCAUGAAGGGAACCCAUUGUUCCUUGGAGUUCAGAUUUAUGACAAUAUCACUAACAAGUGGUCGAGUCCUACUGUUCUUGGAACGGGCCCUAAACCCUGCAAGGGUUACUCUGCCAUUGUUCUUAAACAAGGCCGGAUUUUGGUUAUAAAAAAAGGUUCAGCUUCUGAUGACUCUAUAUGGUUCCUCGAGGUGGAUAGUCCUUUUGUCCGGGAACAAAGGAAAUUGUUAGGAAAAGAGGUUGUUGCUUGGAGUAAAGGAGUGAGAGGAAAUGCAGAGAAGCCUAUUGUUAUAAGCGGUCCUUCUGGAGUUGGAAAAGGAACGCUUAUAUCGAUGCUUAUGAAAGAGUUUCCUUCAAUGUUUGGGUUCUCUGUGAGCCACACAACUCGAUCUCCGAGGUGUAUGGAGAAGAACGGUGUUCAUUACCAUUUCACUGAUAAAACUGUUAUGGAGAAAGAAAUCAAAGACGGGAAGUUUCUUGAGUUUGCUUCUGUUCAUGGUAAUCUAUACGGAACCAGCAUUGAAUCCGUUGAGGUUGUAACAGAUUCAGGAAAGAGAUGCAUUCUUGACAUUGAUGUUCAAGGAGCGAGGUCUGUGAAGGCGAGCUCUCUUGAUGCGAUAUUUAUAUUCGUUUGUCCUCCAUCAAUGAAGGAACUUGAAGAUCGGCUUCGUGCCCGAGGAACCGAAACAGAGGAGCAGAUCCAAAAGCGGCUUAGAAACGCUGAAGCAGAAAUCAAAGCAGGGAAAUCCUCAGGCAUUUUUGGUCAUAUUCUGUAUAAUGACAACCUCGAGGAAUGCUACAAGAACCUUAAGAAUCUCCUGGGGAUAAAUGACGACGCUCCUGUGAAUGGCGUCGAAGUAGAAGGGAUCAAUCUUCCAAAGGAGCACGCAGUAACAAAGAUGGAAGAUAAAAUCUUGAUUCAAGAAACGGGAGAAGCGACCAAGAACGACAUGAUCGUGUUGGAUUUAUCUUCAAUUAACGGGGGAGCACCGGGAAGAACAAGAGGGAUCGUUCUGGACUCGGUGAAGUCCAGUUAACAAAAGUGUCAUUAUCCUUCAUCCGCUGAAAGCUAAAGAGGGAGACAUUUUAGAUGAUGAUGACGAUGAACAUUGCUCGUUGUUUUUUUUUGACUGAAAAGAGUUAAGGCUUUUUCGCGGUUGAAAGGUAGUGUUAUGCGUUCACUAGAUAGGCACUGAUGAUGAUGAUGAUUAUGGUUACUAUGAUUAUGAUGUUUCAAAAAAAGACAUGAUCUCUUUUGAGAGGUGAUGGAAUAAGAUUUUUUUGUUCCUUUUACUGGUAAAAAGAUUUUGUUUAAUAUGAA